AUGUCAAAGAACGCUCAAAUGGGAGGGGAGCCCAUUGCGAUUGUGGGAAGUGCUUGUCGAUUCCCCGGUGAUGCUACUUCCCCAUCGAAGCUUUGGGAAUUACUCAAAGAGCCCCGAGACGUCUUGACUGAAAUACCAAGAAGUCGAUUUAAUCCCGAUGCCUUCUAUCAUCCAGAUAGCUCUCAUCAUGGGACAAGCAAUGUCCGCCACUCAUACGUCCUAUCUGAUGAUCACCGGCUGUUCGAUGCCCAGUUCUUUGGGACCAAGCCCGUGGAAGCCAACGCGAUUGAUCCUCAGCAACGUCUUCUGUUAGAGACAGUAUACGAGAGUCUUGAAUCAGCCGGACUGCCCAUGGAGAAAUUGCAAGGUUCCGAUACUGGUGUGUAUGUGGGAUUGAUGACGAAUGACUAUGCAGAUCUCCUGGGUAGAGACAUCCAGAACAUUCCUGCAUAUUUCGCGUCUGGAACGGCAAGAAGCAUUCUCUCCAACCGUAUCUCCUAUUUCUUCAACUGGCAUGGUCCAUCCAUGACCAUCGACACCGCUUGCUCUUCGAGUCUGGUUGCGAUGCACCAGGCAGUGCAAAGUUUGCGUGCCGGUGAGACAAGGAUAGCGGUGGCAGCUGGAACGAAUCUUCUUCUGGGCCCUGAACAGUAUGUCGCUGAGAGUAAAUUGAAAAUGCUCUCUCCCACAGGACGAUCACGCAUGUGGGACAAGGAUGCGGACGGAUAUGCUCGAGGUGAUGGUAUUGCGGUUGUCGUCCUCAAACCACUCAGCACCGCACUUGCCGACGGUGACCAUAUUGAGUGUGUUAUCCGUGAGACUGGAACAAACCAAGAUGGACGAACGAAAGGAAUCACGAUGCCCAACCCGCAUGCCCAGGCAGACUUGAUCAGAUCUACCUAUUCCAGAGCGGGACUGGACAUAACCAGAUUUAUUGACCGGCCUCAAUAUUUCGAGGCUCAUGGAACAGGUACCCCUGCAGGAGAUCCAGUAGAGGCGGAGGCCAUUAGCACAGCUUUUUUUGGUCCCCAGGCAGAUUACUUCCGAAAGUCCGAAGAAGAGCCACCACUUUUCGUGGGAUCGAUCAAAACUGUCAUUGGGCACACGGAAGGGACGGCAGGCCUGGCAGCAGUGCUCAAAGCUUCAUUGGCGCUGCAGCAUGGUGUCGUUCCUCCCAACCUUCUUCUGAACGAGUUGAACCCCGCGGUGGAACCUUUUUGCAAUGAUCUUCAAAUCAUAAAGAAGGCCCAGGACUGGCCCAAACUCCCAGAUAAUGCAGUUCGUCGUGCCAGUGUGAACAGCUUUGGGUUUGGUGGGGCAAACGCUCACGCAAUUUUGGAAUCGUUUGAAAAUACAAAAGGCAGUACGAGAACACAUUCCACUUCUCCUCCAUUAACACCGUUCAACUUCUCCGCUUCGUCGGAAAACUCACUUUCUGCAACGCUGGUUCGAUACUCUGAUUACCUGAAGGGUCAAGCUCAUGUGAAUUUGCGUGAUUUGUCAUGGACUCUCAACUGUCGUAGGUCUACACUACCCGUGCGAGUGACGAUCUCAGCGUCCAAUGCAACCGAUCUCAUCACCAAAUUGGAUAGGGCUGCACAAUCACCCAUUGAAUUUGCACCGGCUUCCAAAACACAAAGCAUCAAACAACCCAAGCUGCUCGGCAUAUUCACUGGUCAGGGUGCCCAAUGGGCUCGAAUGGGAGCAGAGUUGCUCGGAUCAACGCUGGGCGCCGAAUGUAUUGCCAGCCUUGAUUUCGCUCUCCAGAAUCUUCCACGAGAUCAUCGGCCGUCUUGGUUGCUAAAAGACGAAAUCUUGAAAGAUGCCGCGUCAUCCCGCAUUCGUGAGGCUUUGUUCUCGCAAUCCCUUUGCACAGCAAUUCAGAUCAUGUUGGUCGAUCUGCUCCGUGCGGCGGGCAUUGUAUUUACUGCUGUUGUUGGUCAUUCAUCGGGAGAAAUCUCGGCUGCUUAUGCGGCCGGAUAUUUGACUGCAGAGGAUGCAAUUAAAAUUGCGUACUAUCGUGGGUGGGCUUUACAGUAUUCAGCAGACAUCAAUGGGGUCAAGGGAGCGAUGAUGGCGGCAGGAACGUCCAUCGAAGAUGCCCGGGAACUUUGCGAUAUGCCGACUCUCGAGGGUCGAAUCUGUAUUGCUGCAAGCAACUCCUCUGCCAGUGUCACUCUUUCUGGCGAUUUGGAUGCCAUUGAGGAGGCAAAGGAGGUGUUCGACGACGAAAAGAAGUUUGCACGGUUGCUCAAAGUUGAUAAAGCAUACCAUUCUCACCACAUGCUACCGUGCGCUGCUCCUUAUAUUGAAGCCCUUCAAAACUGCAGAAUCCGAAUCCAAAAUCGCUCGGACAUUGCUACAACUUGGAUCUCUAGCGUCUAUGGUAAGAACAUUGAAACUGUCAACGAUAGCCUGGUGGACACAUACUGGAGCAAUAAUAUGGUCAAUCCCGUUCUUUUCUCACAGGCCGUGAGCUAUGCGACAGCUGCACUUGGACCUUUCGACAUGGCGCUCGAAGUUGGCCCUCACCCAGCACUCAAAGGCCCUGCCUUGGCAACAAUCCAGGAGGUUUCUGGAAACGAGGUUCCUUAUACUGGAACAUGCAACCGGGGAAAAGAUAGCAGAGAAGCAUUCGCGUCAGCGCUUGGAGCAAUAUGGAUAUCCCUUGGCGAGAAUGCAGUUGACUUUGCGAAAUUCGACAACAAUGUCCUUCCGAAUGGGCCGAGGCGACUUGUGAAGGGGCUACCAACAUAUUCGUGGGAUCAUGAUAGAAUCUAUUGGCACGAAUCUCGCAUCUCGACAGCAUUUCGAGAUGGUAGCGAGAAGUUCCAUUCCCUGCUCGGAGUGAAAUGCCCAGACGGUACACAGAAAGAGAUUCGCUGGCGAAACUACCUCAAUACUCGAGAAAUUCCGUGGCUUACCCACCACCAAGUGCAAGGACAGAUCGUAUUUCCAGCAGCAGGUUAUAUAUCCGCAGCUGUCGAGCUUCUGAUUGAACGAUACGAAAUUUCAUCGAUCAAGUUGAUUGAGUUGCAAGAUUUUAUCAUUGGUCAAGCCCUUGUUCUGGAAGAGAAUGUUGGGGUGGAGAUCGUCUAUGCUUUGAAGAUCUCUGAUGAGCAGGAGGGUUCCGUGACAGGAGCCUUUAACUGCUAUUCCGAUGCAAACAAAGGCUCGGCAUUCAUGUCACUGCAUGCUUCCGCAAACAUCAAGGUUAGUCUCGGUAAGCCUAGUCAUCGCGAACUACCACUGGGUAGUGGACACCAAGGUUCAUUCUUGGAAGUUGAGACUGAUCGAUUCUACAACUUUGUGUCCGACCUUGGAUUUGGUUACACGGGUCCAUUCCACGCACUUUCGAAUCUGAAAAGGAAAAUGGAUCACGCUAUUGGGGCUAUCGCUGUUCCAAUAGAAGACAGCACGGAGAGACCUCUGCUGAUUCAUCCCGGAUCGCUGGAUGGUGCGAUCCAGGCAAUUAUGCUAGCGUACUCCUUUCCUGGCGAUGGCCGCUUACGCACGCUAUAUCUCCCAACCAAGAUUGACAGUAUUCGGAUCAACCCAACUCUCGCCUUGGAAUUGGGAGGUCCCGGCUCAGAGCUUCCAUUUUACUCCUCGGUCGCGAGUGCUAGGUUCUCCGAGCUCUCUGGAGAUGUGGACUUAUACUCAUCUGAUGGCCAAUGUACAGUUGUGCAACUUGAAGGGCUUCACACAACUCCUCUCACCCCCUUGACAGUCACUACUGAUGUACCAAUGUUCACCGAGAUCCAAUGGGCCCCCGAAGAGCCGACAGGGGCUGAAGUUGAUGUCGAGGUGGAUCUCCACGACCAGGCUGACAUUUUGGCAAUGGAGCGUGUUGCGCACUUCUAUUUGAAAAAUCUCCAAUUAUCAGUAGGUGAAACCGAGAUUCCAGUGCUGGCAGCGCACCACGCCCAUUUGCUCUCAUACUCCAGUCACUGUGCCUCAAUCGUGAAAUCAAAUGAGCAUCCCUGGGUCCCAUCGAGAUUCAGUGAUGACACUGCGACGGAUAUUUCGCGGGUGCUUUCCAGAUACCCGGAGAGCAUUGAUAUGGAAAUCAUGAGACGGGUUGGAGAGGCAUUACCAUUGAUUGUCCGUGGACAAGUCAACUUGCUUGAAGUUCUCAUGCAGGACAACAUGCUAAGCCAAUUUUACUCCGAGGCAUCUGGCAUCCAGUUGUACCUGAAGCAGGUUUCCAAUAUCUGCGGUCAAAUCAGUAAUCGCUAUCCACAUUUAAAUGUCCUGGAAAUCGGUGCCGGCGCUGGCGAGCACACUGAAUGGAUUUUGCAUGGAUUAAACCAAGGGUUUGCUUCCUACACUUACACGGACAUAUUGGAUAGUCAGUUCGAUGAGGCGCAAGACAAGUUCCAAAAACACCACGCCAAGAUGACAUUCAAGGUUCUGGAUAUCGAAAAAGACAUCGCAGAACAAGGAUAUGGCCAGGAAUCAUUUGAUCUGGUGAUAGCCUCGCUUGCACUCUAUGCGACAAGUAGCAUUGAAGCGACACUAUCCAAUGUUCGCCGCCUUAUCAAACCGGGCGGCUACUUGUUGCUCUUGGAGUUGACGAAUCCAAAUGUGAUGCGAUUUGGUCUCAUCUUCGGUGGGCUUCCAGCAUGGUGGAUGGGGCAUUCCGACGGACGUACCUUGUCGCCGUGUGUCUCCACGGAGAAAUGGAUUCAAUGCAUGGAGAAAGUGGGAUUUUCUGGCAGUGAUGUCUCCAUAAGCUGCCAACAGGGGUCACCUGUGCCAUUUUCUGUAAUGUUGACCCAGGCUGUCGAUCAACGAGUGAGACUUUUACGCGACCCCUUAGCGCCGACUAAUGAGACGUUGGGAAUUGAAUCAUUGACGAUCAUUGGCGGGCAAAGCUCUUUCACGACCUCACUGGUUUUGAAUGUGAGGGAGGCAAUUAGCAAUCACUACGGAAAAAUCAUGCUUUACCCUUCACUGGCGGAUCUUUCUCUGACAGAUCUUCGAGUUAUGGGCUCCGUGCUCUGUUUGUCCGAGUUAGAUGAGCCCGCGCUUAUGUCGAUGUCACGCCAAACACUGAAAGCCUUCAAGGCGUUGUUCGAGAAAAGCAAAAACAUUUUAUGGGUCGGGUAUGGUGCACAAGGUGAUAAUCCAUCUGCCAACAUGAUUGUUGGUGUUCAACGAACACUCCAGGUGGAAAUGCCCCAUCUAAGAAUGCAGUUCAUGAACCUUCAUUCUCUCCAAGACGCAAGGUCGGAUCUCAUAGCAAGAAAGCUCCUCCAGCUCGAUGCUACGGACACCUUGGAGGGAAAAGGGCAACUCCAAGAGAUUCUGUGGUACAGGGAACCUCAAAUCACCUUGCGCAAUGGGAAGUUCUUCAUUCCUCGAUUGAAACUGCACACCGAGAGGAAUGAGCGAUACAACUCUUCCAGACGGCUGAUCGUGAACAGUGUGCCGCGAGAGACCUCUGUGGUUGUGGUUGACAAAUUCGACGGUUACUAUCGAGUCUUGAAAGGAAAAUAUUCAUGCUCCGCAUUCUCACACAGUAGCGUGCAAAUCCAGGUCACUAACUCUCUACUACGCCCUAUCAUGAUAAAUGAAACGGAUCAUCUAUUUUUGGUGACUGGAAAGGAGUGCGAAACGGGUGCCGACGUUGUCGCAUUUUCAGAAUCUCUUGGCUCAUGCAUACACAUACCGACAUCUUGGCGGGUUCAAUGCGGGAGCUCAAAAGGCGAGCCUCUCCAGUCGAUGGUCUGUCUUUACUCGCACUUCAUUGCUCAGGCGCUCUUGAAAGAUGUCAUCCCUGGAAGUACCAUUGCUGUCCUUGAGCCCGAUUUUGCACUUGCGGCAGUGCUUACACAACAUGCAACGCGGAGAGGGAUUCGUAUGGCCCUUUUCACCACAGAGAACAGGUCUUGCUCGCAGCCGUGGAUUUUUAUUCACAGACACUCUGCUAGACGUGAUAUGAUGGCAAAUAUACCCCCGAAUGUUGUCAAAUUGUUCAAUUUCGCAGGUGACCAGAACGUGCUAUCCCGCCUUCGGGACGGCUUGCCAGAUGAAUGCCGACUGGAAACCGAGCGUACCUUGACAAUGCAGUAUUCCCACUACUCAACUAGUUCUACCGGCGCAGAUGGGGUCGGUUCACAGCUACAAAAUUUGUGGUUCAAGGUUCAGAUGGAACAGAGCCCAGUCAACGUGAACAGGCUUCCAAGCUUCACACUGACAAGUCUCAUCAACAGCCAGCCAAGCACAGAUAAACAAGCCCUUCUCACCUGGGAGAAUGAGAACCUGCCUUUACAGGUCUUUCCCGCAACCUCUAUAGUAAGAUUCGACCAAAGCAAAACAUAUUGGCUCGUUGGGCUUGCGGGAGGUCUUGGUCUUUCUCUAUGUCACUGGAUGGCUAGGCAAGGUGCCAGAUAUAUUGCCUUGUCUAGUCGUAAUCCAAAGGUGGAUGCAGCUUGGAUAAUGCAAAUGGCUGAGAGUGGAUGCACAGUCCGGGUUUUUGCCAAUGAUGUUACAAAUCGUGAGUCCGUGGCGAGUACCUAUAAUGAGAUCGCCAACACAAUGCCACGAAUCGGUGGCGUUGCACAGGGAGCUAUGGUUCUUCAAGACACAAUGUUUCUAGACCUAGAUUUACCUGGGCUAGAGAAGGUUCUGCGGCCUAAGAUUCAAGGUAGUAUUUUGCUGGACGAGCUCUUUCCGGAGGACACUUUGGAUUUCAUGAUCUUCUUCUCGUCUAUGGCUGCGAUCACCGGCAAUCCUGGGCAAGUCGCCUAUAAUGCUGCAAACAUGUUCAUGGCUAGCUUGGCCGCUCAACGCCGGAAUCGAGGACUAGCUGGAUAUGCCAUCAACAUCGGAGCAAUCGUCGGCAAUGGUUAUGUGACACGAGAGUUGAGCAUGGACCAACAAUCAUAUCUUUACCGAGUCGGUCACACCUGGAUGUCAGAGCAGGACUUCCGGGAGGUCUUUGCCGAAGGAGUUCUGUCCUGUAUUGAAAGAACGGGGGAUUCAGAGUUGUGCAGUUCUUUGAGGAUUGACGAGGAUGAGUCCAAAAAUUGGAUUGCUAAUCCCGUUUUCCAGCAUUUGGUAGUCAAGUCCAACCCGUUUGCUGUGACAAACAAGAAAAACAAAUCAGGAGUUCUUGCCAGACUUCAACUCCUGGAUGCCACCUCCCAUGCGGAGGUUUUGGAGAUUCUUCAAGAUGCCUUCACGAUCAAACUACGAUCUGCCCUCCAAACAGAUCCGGAUAAGGAAAUUCUCGACUUGAGUCCAGAUGAACUCGGAGUGGAUUCACUUGUUGCUGUAGAUCUUCGGUCUUGGUUCAUUAAGGAGGUUUCUAUCGAUAUGCCAGUUCUGAAGAUUUUCAAUGCGGCGUCGGUGCGAGAUCUCCUCGAGUCAGCGGCCUGUCUUCUCCCUGAUACCCUGAUUCCUAAUGUGAAUAACGACGAGGAAGCCGUCUCCAACGCUCCUGUAGCCAUGCUUCCUCGCUCAACCCAGAUAAGCCCUCCAGAGCCCGAGUCUGCGCAGAAUAUCCCGAUUUCGGAGUAUAGUGAUGAGGCAAAGGUGUUGCACUUGGAGUAUGCUCCAUCAAAUGAUGUUGGAAGUGCAAGUUCGGCAACAUCUGCCCGGGCCGGUGAUUCAACUUCGGAACAGGGUGAUGAGACAUCAUCAUCUGCAAGCUCUGUUGAAAGCUUCACAGAUGAAGGUUUCGACCAAAAGCGCCAAAUUCAGCGAACUCUUCCAAUGUCGCACGGGCAGUCACGAUUCUACUUUCUGAAAUCAUUCGUGGAGGAUCAGACCGCAUUUAAUGUCACCCCAGUAUUUGAAGUAACUGGACACUUGCGAAUUGAUGACUUGGCCCGAGCAGUUGAAAAGGUUGGACAGCAUCAUGAAGCUCUAAGGACAUUUUUUUUCCUCGACCAGGACAAGCAAGGAAUGCAGGGCGUUUGGACAAAGUCUUCAUUGCGACUAGAACGCUUCCAGAUUAGCCACGAGAAAGAGGUUGAGGCUUUCAAAGGCCGGAUGGGAUCGUAUGUCUUCAAAAUUGAAGAUGGAGAAACACUUCGCAUACAGCUACUUUCCUUGCGAGGCGAUAAGCACUGGCUGAUAUGUGGCUUUCAUCACAUCAACAUGGACGGCAUCAGUUUCGAGAUAUUUUGGUCGGACCUCGAGAAAGCAUACAAAGGACAGUCUCUUUCGUACGACAUGCUUCAAUACCCGGAUUUUACUUUGAGACAGCUAAAUGACCAUGAAACUGGUGCCUGGGAAAAGAGCCUCGAGUACUGGAGAGAGGAAUUCACCGAUAUUCCCCCGGUCGCGCCUCUACUUCCAUUCUCUCGUCUGCCAGCUAGGCCAAACGUUUCAGGCAUUGGUACCCACAAUGCCCACAUGCGUCUUGGAAAGGGUCUUUCAGAUGAAAUCAGAAAGUGUGCAGCAAUGUUUAAAGCGACCCCGUAUCAUCUCCAUCUCGCGAUUUGGCAAACUCUUCUUUUACGCCUCUUCGAUGUGGAAGAUAUAUGCAUCGGCCUCGGAGACGGUAAUCGCACAGACCCAGAUGUCAUGCAAAGCAUCGGAUUGUUCCUCAACCUUGUUCCAAUCAGAUUCCAUCGCAAGCCUUCCCAGUCGUUUGGAGAGGCGUUGAAAGACACGAAAUCCAUCUCUCAACAGGCAUUUUCACAUGCUCAUGUUCCAUUGAGUGUCAUCCUCUCUGAUGUGAGUGUGCCUAGAUCUACAACACACAGUCCGCUGUUCCAGGUGUCAUUCAACUACCGUCCCGGGAUUGCGGAAUCUCGCACGUUCUGUGGGUGUAUUGCCAGCGGAUCUUUAUUGACGACUGGCGGGAUCUCCUAUGAUCUUCAUCUUGAUGUUGUAGAUAUCGGCGGUGGAGAAACAUCGAUUUACUUGUUGGCCCAGAAGGAUCUGUAUGAGCUGCAACAUGCGGAAAUACUUCUUCGCAGUUAUUACAGUCUCCUACGAGCAUUCAUUCAAAACCCUGCCACGAGGGUCUUUUGGCCACCAUUAUUCUCAACAGAUGACGUCGACGAGGGUUUAGCUGUGGGAAGAGGACUUGAAAUGGAGAACCCGUGGAGCGAGACCUUGGUUCACCGUAUCAGCGAGGUUUCAGCAUCCUACCCUAACCAUGUCGCUCUUAGAGAACCAGGGGGGGCUGAGCUCACAUACUCGCGCUUUUCAAGUCGAGUCUCCAGCAUCGCAAUUGAAUUGCUCCAAAAAGGAAUACAUCCCGGGGAUACUGUCGGGGUGUUUCAAUCCCCGGGUGUAAAUUGGAUUUGCUCAAUGAUGGCAAUUUGGCAAGUCGGUGGAACCUACGUGCCUCUGGACAGAAAGUCUGGAACCGAUCGAUUAUCUACCAUCAUCUCCGAGACUGCGCCUCGUGUGAUUCUCAUUGAUGCAUCUACUGGGCAGGAUUUUGGUCAACUGCAUACCUCAGUAAAGCCGCUUGACGUGUCUUGCCUUCGCGAACAUCCGGGUACCCCAGCACCAAAUCUCGCGAAAGCCACACAACUAGCCGUUGUUAUGUAUACGAGCGGCUCAACUGGCGUACCAAAAGGCAUCAUGAUCAACCACUCCGCAUUUUCAAAUCAAAUUCAAGCUUUCAGCCAGGCUUGGGGUAUUCGGGAAGGAAAGGAGGUGGUCCUGCACCAGUCUUCCUACGCCUGGGAUAUGUCCAUUUGUCAAAUCUUACUCUCCCUCAGCAAUGCAGGAACUUUGAUUAUUGCUGACGCCCAACAUCGCCUCAGUCCGGCGGCGCUUGCAAGUCUCAUUCAAUCUGAAAAUGUGACCACCACAGUUGCAACCCCUACAGAGUACUUCUCUUGGAUUCGCCAUGGGGGCUUGCAGUUAAAAGAAACACAAUGGAGCCUUGCAGUCUCUGGAGGUGAAAGUGUUUCCAAAGCAUUGAUGCACGAGUUCCAAUGUCUUGCGAAACUUGAAUUGACACUCAUCAAUGCUUAUGGCCCGGCCGAGGCAACAAUGGCGUGCAGUUCAGCAGAAAUUCCCUACAUGGAUAUUGAUAUUGCAGCAGAAGACAGAUCUCUCGCUCUGUACACCUUACCCAACAACUCAGUAUAUAUUGUUGACGAAAAGCUCAAUCCAGUCCCCAUUGGCAUGCCAGGUGAGCUAGUGAUUGGAGGGGCAGGUGUCGCCAUGGGCUAUCUCGAUGCCGACAAGAACAGAGAACGAUUUACGACAGACCGCCACGCAAGUUCCUUUUUCCAGGGCCAGGGGUGGACCAACAUUCAUCGUACCGGCGACCGGGCACAACUGACAGAGGAUGGCGGUCUUGUUCUCAUGGGUCGUAUCAGCGGUGACAAUCAAAUCAAGUUGAAUGGAAUUCGCAUCAACGUCGAGGAAAUUGAGGCUGCGAUUUUGAGGGAUGCCAAGGGCAGAGUUCUGCAAGUGGUAGUCUCCCCUCGUUCGUCCACUGAGGAACCCAGUCGAAAUUUCGUGGUUGCCUUUGUCGUUGUAGUUGACUUCGAGACAAUCGAAAUGCAAACAGAAUUUUUGGAGCAUCUUGCUCAAGAUCUCGCGCUUCCACAAUACAUGCUUCCGGCAGCGAUAAUUCCAAUCGACGCACUGCCUCAGAACAUCUCCGGCAAAGCGGACCGGUCAGCCAUCAAGAGCCUGGUCAUUCCACAAAAUCCGCGCCAGGAAGCCAAGAGAGAGGAUCUGUUACCUUUGGAAGCUUCUCUCCGUCAGCUUUGGCAAGAAACAAUUCCUCGGGAUGUUGUUUCACAUCACUCAAUUCAAUCGCAAUCAGAAUACUUCCAUUGUGGUGGAAGCUCUCUAUCCCUCGUUACCUUGCAGUCUUUGAUAAAAGAGAGGCUCGAUGUAACGGUAUCAUUACAUCAGCUAUUUGAAGCAAGUACCCUGCACGACAUGGCCUCUCUGAUUGGAAAACAAUCGACUGUCAAUAUUGGAGCAUCCGUCGAUUGGGAAAAGGAGAUCGAUGAACUGCUUGCAUCUUCUCAGGAUACUUAUCCCAAGCUUUCUGAUCAGAAUUCGCCCUCCAAGUCCAGUGUUGUGGUUCUCACGGGAGCAACUGGAUUCAUUGGGAAGGAGAUUUUGCGUAAUUUGCUGGAUGAUGAAAACGUUCAAGCGGUACACUGCCUUGCUGUCCGAAGCCUGUCCGCUGGCCUACCCGACAUUUUCUCGCAUCCGAAAGUCCGUACAUAUGGUGGAGACCUUGGGGCGCCAAGAUUGGGACUGGCAGAUUCUGAUGCGGUCUCAAUCUUCAGUUGCGCCGAUGUCAUUGUUCACAACGGGGCUGAUGUCUCUUUCAUGAAGACCUACCAAUCGCUCAAGUUGACCAAUGUGGCGUCUACGAAAGAGCUUGCCAAGCUUGCUCUUCCACGUCGCAUCCCCUUCCAUUUCAUAUCUUCUGCAACUGUUACGAGACUUGCAUGCCUACCCAGCUUCGGGGAAUCAUCUCUCGCUUGUUACAGUCCUUCCGCAAUUCCAGACGAUGGCUAUAUGGCAGCCAAGUGGGUAUGUGAGGUAUACCUGGAGCGGGUUAGCAGGCAAUUUGGCCUCCCAGUCUGGAUUCACCGUCCAUCAAGCGUUUCGGGGGCGGAUGCGCCGCAGCUCGAUUUGAUGAGCAACAUAAUGCGAUAUUGUCAAGAGACGAAGAGUAUUCCGGACACGAAGUCGUGGCCCGGGGGCUUUGAUUUGAUUUCUGUGGAUUCGGUAGCGGAACAGAUUGUGGACGCGGUACAUGAGUCUGGUCUGUCUGCAGGAUGUGAGGAUGUGCGAUUCCGUUACGAAUCUGGAGAGCUUGAGUUGGGGCAGGAGGAAGUUCAAGAGGUCAUGGAGGCUGGAACGGGUGAAAAAUUUGAAGUAGUAUCUGUUGCGGAAUGGGUUGAUCUUGCUGAGAAGGCAGGGAUGAGUGCGUUGCUGGGAAUGUACUUACGAAAGGCUACGGAUGGGCAGGUGCUGCUCCCUAGAUUGAUUAAGGGGAAGAGGUGA